AUGGAUAGUUGCAAGCCAAUUGGAGCACUAAUGGAGUGCAAAAUGAAGUUAUCAAAGUUCGACAAAGCAGAAAAGGUGGAUGUUACAAAUUUCAAGAGUUUGGUGGGUAGUUUGCAAUAUUUGACGUGUACAAGACUAGACAUUUUGUAUGUUACUGGACUCAUUAGUCGAUACAUGGAGACUCAAACCAUUACUCAUCUCAAGGCCACAAAAGGAAUUCUUCUCUAUAUCAAAGGAUCAAUCAUAUUUGGCUUAUGGUUCUUAACAAGUAAUGACUAUAAGCUUGUAGGUUACAGUGACAACAAUUGGGCUGGAGAUAAAAAUGAUCGGAAAAGUACCAGUGAAUUUGUGCUUUUCAUGGGGAACACAACCUUUACUUAG